AUGUCAAUCAAUAACAACAUUCAAUCUAUUUUUCCAGAUUUAGUUUCUGUUCAAAGAGAAAGUUUUAGAUCUUUUUUAUCUGAAGGCUUAGGAGAAGUUUUAAACUCUUUUCCUAUUAUUAUGGAUCCCACUGGUAAAUUAGAAUUGGAAUUUUUUGGUAUAGACUACAAACUAAAAUUUCCUCGUUACAGUGUUAGGAAGGCAAAAAGUAGAGAUCGUACAUAUAGUGCUCAAAUUUAUAUUCCUUCUAAAUUAACUCGAAAAGAUACAGAAUUAAUUAAAAAAAAUAAAAAUACAGAUAUUUUUGAUUUAUUUAAUGUUAAAGAAGCAAAUAAAAAAUAUAAAAAAAGGCCCGUCUUUGUAGGAGACCUACCUUUAAUGACAAAUCAAGGUGCUUUUAUUAUAUCAGGUACAGAAAGAGUAAUUAUAAAUCAAAUUGUUAGAAGUCCAGGUAUAUAUUAUAAAAAAGAAUUGGAUAAAAACGAUAAACAUGUAUAUAGUGCCAGUUUAAUUUCUAACCGUGGAUCUUGGCUUAAGUUUGAAAUAGAUGCAAAAGAUCAAAUAUGGGUUCGAAUUGACAAAACGCAUAAAGUAAAUGCUUACGUCUUUCUGAGAGCAAUAGGUAUAAAUAGUGAAGAUAUAAAAAAAAAUAUUACAAAAUAUUCUUUUCUUUUAAAUGCUUCAUCGUUAUAUGAAAAAAAAGAACUUGAUAAAGAAAUAGGAAAACUUUCUGUAGAAGAAGUAACAGAUGAAGAAUCUUUACUAAUUAUUUAUAGUAAAUUACGUCCUAAUGAACCAGCUACAGUAGCUGGUUCAAAACAAAUGCUGUAUGCUCGUUUUUUUGAUCCUAAGCGAUAUGAUCUAGGUGAAGUUGGUCGUUAUAAAAUAAAUAAAAAAUUAAAUUUAAAAAUAUCUAAAUCCUUUAAAGUUUUAUGUCCAAAAGAUAUUUUGGCUGCAAUUGAUUACUUAAUUAAUCUUAAAGAACAGAAUAUAGGAACUUUUGAUGAUAUAGAUCAUCUAGGUAAUCGAAGAGUUCGCUCUGUAGGAGAACUAUUGCAAAAUCAGAUACGUAUUGGACUAAAUCGUUUAGAAAGAAUUAUUCGUGAACGUAUGAUUAUUUGUGAUUUGGAUUCUUUAAGUCUAUCUAAUCUAGUAAACCCGAAACCUUUAAUGGCAGCCGUAAGAGAAUUUUUUGGAUCUAGUCAAUUAUCCCAAUUUAUGGACCAAACGAAUCCAUUGGCUGAAUUAACACAUAAAAGAAGAAUUAGUGCUUUAGGACCUGGUGGCUUAAAUAAAGAUCGUGCUGGUUUUGCAGUUCGAGAUUUACAUCCUAGUCAUUAUGGGCGUAUUUGUCCAAUUGAAACUCCUGAAGGACCUAAUGCUGGUUUAAUAGGCUCUUUAAGUAUUUAUGCUAGAGUUAAUAAAUACGGAUUUAUUGAGACACCUUGCUAUAGUGUUGAAAAAGGAAGAGUAGUUAGAGGCAAAAAGCCCUCUUAUUUUACUGCUGAUGAAGAAGAUAAUUUAAGAAUAGCACCAGCAGAUAUAACAAUUGAUAGUAAUGAUUAUAUUAAUAAUGAUAUUAUACCUGUUCGAUAUAGGCAAGAGUUUGUUACGUCUUCAAUUGAUCAAGUAGAUUAUAUCUUAGUAUCUCCUAUUCAAAUUAUGUCUGCAGCAACAUCGUUAAUUCCUUUUUUGGAACAUGAUGAUGCUAACCGUGCUUUAAUGGGAUCAAAUAUGCAAAGACAAGCAGUACCUUUGCUAUAUACAGAAAAACCUAUAGUUGGUACGGGUUUAGAAGCUAACUUUGCAAGAGAUUCUGGUAUGGUUGUUACUAGCCGUACAGAUGGUUUAGUCAGUUAUGUAUCAGGUACUAAGAUAGGAAUUCAGGAUUUAGAAGGUAAAAUAAUACAUUAUAGAUUAAAAAAAUAUUAUCGUUCUAAUCAAGAUACGUGUAUUAAUCAACGUCCUAUUGUAUGGCCAGGAGAAAAAGUAGUAAUUGGCCAAACAAUUGCAGAUGGAGCUUCUACAGAUGGUGGCGAGAUAGCAUUGGGCCGUAAUAUUUUAGUUUCUUAUAUGCCUUGGGAAGGUUAUAAUUAUGAAGAUGCGUUUUUAAUUAGUGAACGUUUAGUAUAUGAAGAUAUUUAUACAUCUAUUCAUAUUGAAAGAUAUGAGUUGGAGUGUAGGCAAACAAAAUUAGGUCCAGAAGAAAUUACUCGUGAUAUUCCUAAUGUAAGCGAAACAUCUGUUAGCUUAUUAGAUAAAAAUGGAAUUAUUACUGUUGGCUCUUGGGUAGAUUCGGGAGAUAUAUUAAUAGGUAAAAUCACGCCUAAAGGAGAAGCAGAUCAAUUACCAGAAGGUAAAUUAUUAAGAGCUAUUUUUGGUGAAAAAGCUAGAGAUGUAAGAGAUACAUCAUUAAGACUACCUAAUGCAGCUAAAGGUAGAGUAGUAAAUAUAAAAGUAUUUACACGAAAAAAAGGUGAUGAGUUACCACCAGGCACGAAUGCUAUUAUUCGAGUAUAUGUUGCUCAGAAAAGAAAAAUUCAAGUUGGCGAUAAAAUGGCUGGUCGACACGGAAAUAAGGGAAUCAUUUCUCGAAUAUUGCCCAGACAAGAUAUGCCAUAUUUGCCUAAUGGAACUCCUGUUGAUAUUGUAUUAAAUCCAUUAGGUGUACCCUCUAGAAUGAAUGUUGGUCAACUUUUUGAGUGUUUACUAGGUUUAGCAGGAGAAUAUUUAGGUAAACGAUUUAAAAUUCUUCCUUUUGAUGAAAUGUAUGGUAAAGAAGCUUCGAGAGCAUUAGUAAAUAAUAAAUUAAAACAAGCAAGUUUAUUAAAUAAGCAACAAUGGUUAUUUGAGCCUUUGCAUCCUGGUAAAAUCAUAUUAUUUGAUGGAAGAACUGGAGAACCUUUUGAUAAUCCAGUGACUGUUGGUAAAGCAUAUAUUUUAAAACUAGUACAUUUAGUAGAUGAUAAGAUACAUGCUCGUUCAACAGGUCCUUAUUCUUUGGUUACUCAGCAACCAUUAGGUGGACGUGCUCAACAUGGAGGUCAAAGAUUAGGAGAAAUGGAAGUGUGGGCUUUAGAAGCAUUUGGAGCUGCAUAUACUUUACAAGAAUUAUUAACAGUUAAGUCUGAUGAUAUGCAAGGAAGAAAUGAAGCUUUAAAUGCUAUUGUAAAAGGAAAACCUAUACCUAAGCCAGGUACUCCUGAAUCAUUUAAAGUUCUUAUGCGAGAAUUACAGUCUUUAGGUUUAGAUAUUGCUGUCCAUAAAGUUGAAUUAUUUGAAAAUGGUGAAAAUAAAGGUGUUGAAAUUGAUUUAAUGUCUAAUGAAGUAGAUCUAAUUAAUUUUAAGAACAAUAAAUCAGACAAUGUGUAUGAUAAAACGCUAAAAACUAAGCCUUUUAAUAAAAAACAUAUAUAUUCUGACUUAGAUAUAACAAAUAAUAAUUAA